AUGACCCUACUCAACGGCCAAAAUCGAGCGCAGAGCACCUACAGCAAUGGACACGGCAAGUUCUUCCAAGACUUUGGUGUGUGGAAAGAGGCGCCGCUGCUCAAGGGCAGCACCAAGUUUGAGCCACUGCCCGAUGUCAAGAAUAUCAUGAUUACUGGUGGCGCCGGCUUCAUUGCAUGCUGGCUGGUCCGCCACCUUACCCUCACCUACCCCAACAAUUACAACAUAAUCUCUUUCGAUAAGCUCGACUACUGUUCCUCGCUGAACAACACCCGCGUCCUCAACGAAAAGUCAAACUUCACCUUUGUACACGGCGAUAUCACCAACCCCACAGAAGUUGUCAACUGCCUGAGGCGGUACAACAUUGAUACCAUCUUCCACUUUGCCGCUCAGUCGCAUGUCGACCUGAGCUUUGGUAAUUCGUACGGGUUCACCCACACCAACGUCUACGGCACUCACGUUCUGCUCGAGAGCGCCAAGAGUGUUGACAUCAAGCGUUUCAUCCACAUCUCCACCGACGAGGUCUAUGGAGAGGUCAAUGAUGAUGACGACGACCUCCUCGAGACCAGCAUUCUUGCGCCUACCAACCCUUAUGCUGCUAGCAAGGCAGCCGCCGAGAUGCUUGUUCAGUCUUACCAGAAGAGUUUUAAGCUCCCCGUCAUCAUCGUGCGCAGUAACAACGUCUACGGCCCGCACCAGUUUCCCGAGAAAAUCAUCCCCAAGUUCACUUGCUUGCUGAACAGAGGCCAGCCCGUUGUUCUCCACGGUGACGGGAGCCCUACCCGGCGUUACCUGUUUGCUGGCGAUGCGGCUGACGCCUUCGACACCAUCUUACACAAGGGCCAGAUGGGUCAAAUCUACAAUGUUGGGUCCUACGACGAAAUCUCCAACAUCGACCUCUGCAGCCAUCUUCUCAAAGAGAUGAACAUCCCGUGUUCCACGACGGACGAGUUCAAGAAGUGGGUCAAGUACACCCAUGACAGACCUUUCAACGACCAUCGGUAUGCCGUCGACGGCACCAAGCUCCGUCAGCUCGGGUGGGACCAGAAGACCAGCUUUGCUGACGGUCUCCGCAUCACGGUCAACUGGUACCGCCAAUUUGGCGAGGAAUGGUGGGGCGACAUCUCCUCUGUCCUCACGCCUUUCCCUGUUGUUCAGGGUUUGGACGUGUCUGCGGACUCAGAGCCUGUCGCUGAUUCACCUCUCACACCCGAGUCGAAGAAGAGGAAGGUCAUCGAUGACGACGGGAGCAACGGCAUUAGAAAGGGCAUCGCCAAUGGCUCCAACGGCCACGCAGUCAGGGCAUAG